AUGUCUUCGUCAUAUGUUGGUAUUGAUCUUGGUACUACAUAUUGCAGUGCCGCCGUGUUCAGUAAUGAUAAGGCCAAAGUGUUCGAGUUUGAUGGAGAAAACUCAAUCCCCUCAAUGGUGUAUUAUGGCACACCAAAUCAAUAUGGUUAUAAAGCCCAAAAGUUAUUAAACAAUAAUGAAUACACAAAGAAUGUUAUUUAUGAUAGCAAAAGAAUGCUUGGUAAAACAUAUAAAGAUUUAUCUAAUGAAAUUCCUAAAUGGACUUUUGGUGUCAAGCCAGACAGCAAUGGAAACCCACUUAUUCUAAUUGAUAACGGAAAAUGCCAAACAAAAAUUAAACCUUAUGAAGUUUCAGCUUCAAUACUAAAUUACAUUCGAAAAAAUCUGGAGAAAAAAGGUAUCCCACUUGAUCAUGUUGUAGUAACUGUUCCUGCGCAUUUUGAUCAAAAGCAGCUUGAUGAGGUUCGAAAUGCUGUAAAAAUUGCAGAAUUUCCUAAUCCAGAGAAGGUUUUUCUUUUCAAGGAGCCAUCAUCUGCUGCCCUUUGUUAUAGGAAUACUAUAUCAUUAGAUAAAGAAAGGAGAUCUCUCUUUGGUUAA